AUGACCAUAUGUGGGUACGACAAUAAACCAACGGGACGGGGAUCGAACCGCCACCAUUCGGUGAUGAGUCCGACCUCUCUUACCGUUGAGCUAUUGAGGCUUUAUGUGUACAUCAAUCACCUAGUACUGGUACCCAUUAUGUGUUCUUUCAAUUAAAUAUUUCAUUAUUUUUUUUAUCACAAACAAUAAACGAACAAGUGGCAUUACAAUUUAUUAGCACUGUUAGCAAUACGACACGUCUAAAUAGCAGUAUGAUAAACAUAUCGGCCACUCGAUGAGAUAUGAAAAUGAAAUACGUUUACGUAACAACCAACAAGAGACGCGAGAGGCGGGCGCGUUGCCACCGAUCACCGAUCGUUGCCAGUCUCAGUAGUCUCAGGCAGUCACUAGACUCGAGCACUCGACUGCAUCGCUUCCACCGCAAUUCGUAAACAAUCUACGCGCGUAUUAAGCCUUUCAAAGUCAUUAAUGACUGCAACAUGGCUGAAAAACAUUACAUUCUCGGUAUGGACAUCGGCACGACAUCGGUAAAGGUCUGCGUAUACGAUCCCGACACCAAGGAGUUGGUGGCGAAACAGAAUAAGGAUACGGCGGCGAAUAUUCCCAGCGAUCAAGGCAUCGAAGGGAACAAGCAGGAUGUUCCCAAAAUAGUGUCCGCGGUCCACUACUGUGUGUCUAGACUGCCUAGAGACGUUUUGCGGCAUGUCAGGAAAAUCGGUGUGUGCGGACAAAUGCACGGCGUCGUGUUGUGGAAAGACAGAGCCUGGGAAAAGGUAGAGAAAGAAGGCGUUGUGAUUCGCUAUGAAGCAACCAGGGAGAAAAUGUCAGCACUGUACACAUGGCAGGAUACAAGGUGCAAGCCAGAAUUUUUGGACUCUCUACCAAAGCCUGAUUCACAUCUCCAAUGCUACUCUGGUUACGGUUGUGCUACAUUGCUGUGGAUGCUCAAACACAAGCCGGAAAAACUCAAAAGUUUCAGUCGUUCAGCCACAGUUCAAGAUUUUGUCGUAGCAAUGUUAUGUGACCUAGAAACCCCCAUUACGUCUGACCAAAACGCUGCCAGUUGGGGAUACUUCAACACAGAGAAUAAUGAGUGGAACACAGACAUAUUAAAUUCAAUAGACUUUCCAAUAAAUCUCUUGCCCAAAGUAUUAAAGAGUGGACAAAUUGCAGGAGUAUUGAGCAGUUCUUGGAAUGGUAUCCAAGAAGGAACACCAGUCGGUGUAGCGAUGGGUGACCUACAGUGUUCUAUUAUUGCCACACUUGAAAACGAUCAGGAUGCAGUGUUAAAUGUAUCCACCUCCGCCCAACUUGCCAUUGUAGCUGAUAGAAUAAGUGAUUUAGGAUGCAAGACAAUUGAGCACUUGCCAUACUUUAAUGACUCUUAUUUGGUUGUCGCCGCAUCUUUAAACGGAGGAAACGUUCUGGCCACAUUUGUAAAAAUGCUCCAGCAGUGGAUGUUGGAGUUUGGAUUCCCUAUACCCCAAUCUAAAGUGUGGGAAAAGUUAAUAGCCCUCGGUUUGGAUGUUCCAGAUGGAACAAAUAUGAAAAUAAGCCCACUACUUUUGGGUGAACGACAUUCACCCAUGGCUAAAGCUUCAGUAGAGAACAUUGACUUGUCUAACAUACAAUUAGGGCAUGUUUUCAGGUCUUUAUGUGACAGUCUGAUUGAGAACUUACAUUGCAUGAUGCCCAAAGAUAUUCUGAGGAAUGCCAACAUCAAGAGGAUUGUCGGUAAUGGCUCAGGGUUGUCUAGAAAUGCUGUGUUGCAGAGAGCCGUGGAACAGUACUACAGCUUGCCUUUGGAAUUCACAUCCGGUGGAGAUGCUGCUAAGGGUGCAGCUAUAGCCAUAAUUUCAGCUAACUAAUCAGUUGCGAUUAUGAAACUGAACAAGUUCAUUAUUUUACCUGCGAGAUGGAUGUGAAAAUAUAUAAUUGUGAAAGUUUUUUACCCUACUGCAAUGAGGGUUAUGUUAUUUGUGGGUAUUUAUUAUGUUUGUAUGUACAUAAUAUUCUUUAUUACCUCAUAUUAUCCAAACUGCUGAAUGGAUUUACAUACUUAAGAUAUCAUUAGAUUUGUUUUGGUAUCCAAAGUGUUCUUAAAUAGGUGAAGUUGAAAAAAAAGCAACACAAUGACUGUGAGACGCUAUGACUGGUAUAGAUGAAAACAUUUUUUUCCAAUAUUGCAAUAUGGAUAUCAAAUUGAAAAGCUCACUAUUUCCAGUUUUUUUAGUUCCUAGUUAUAUUUUAGUUCCUAGUUUUUUUUAUAUUCUUAAUUAUUUUCUAUUAUUGUGAUAAUCAUUUUUAAACAGUGCAGUGUAAUAUUAUUUAGAUAAAAAAAACACAAAUACAGCAUGUUUAUUGGUUUCGUAAUAUUAUCAUUUCUUUUUAUCUAAAAUAACACUUGUUAACAAGUUUAAUUAAACAUAAUAAUCUACCCAAUGUAUCAUUUUAUUAUCUUUUCCCUUUAACAACAAAAAUGUUAUAGGACAUUUACAGCAUAAAGCAUAGGUAGAUGUUUUGAAAUUAUGCAAGUGUAAGCAUAUUAAGCAGCAGUUCCCUAAUAGAAUAGAGCCUUAUAUAUGUAUAUACAGGGUGUCCCAUAAAUAUUAUGACAUACUUUACAAGAUUAUUUUAGUAAUUUUAUACAAAAUUUAGUAGUAGGCCUUGAUUGAUGUCAGCUGAUAGGCCUACUAAAAUUAUGCAAUAUAUGUUAGCCAAAAUUCUGCAGUUUUAUGCUGAAUGAUUUGUGUUGUGUGAAUUUAAUAAAUUUAACAGACAAACAAAC